UGCAGGAGACCUGGUCUGGAUCCUGAUCAGACUGUGUUUGUGCUGUCUGGAGAAUGGUCGCGAUGGCUGCUUCUACGAGCUUCAUUCGACAUUUAGUUUUCAUUGUAAAUAUGAUUGUGUUUGAACCAUUUCUCAUAAAAGGCGAUGUACCUUUCAACCAAUGCGGUGACCCACCACCAGUCCCGAACACAUACAGGACAUUUCCCGAUAAUGUAACUGUGACAUACAGAUGCAUGGACAACUUCAUCUUAACGUCCGGGAAUCGUACACGAGUAUGCGAAGAUGGCAACUAUACAGGUGAAGCGCCAGUAUGCAAUCUAACGUGCGGCCCCCCAUUCAACACUACUGAAAGCACUGGGAUUCUGCCUGACAAUGUGGACGGCUACAUUGAAAAUAGCGUAACCUACCUAUGUGGGAUCGACGGAGUUGGUAACGGAACCAGAUCGACAUGUAGCAAAAUACAGGAAGGGUGGGACAAGGGAGACAGAUGCUACCAUCCAUUGAAUACUAGUAACGUAUUAUGCCAUGACAACGGUGUGAACUGCUCCGUCAACUUUUCGUUUUUUUACGACAUCCACAAAGUCUCCAUUUCCAUUCCUGCAUUUUCCAACGAAAAUAUGACGAUUAAAUUAUCAAUCCAAGACUGGUCUUCGGAAAAGACCUACAACAAAUCGACCAAUGAGACUGUGUUCGAGAUUGUGUUCAAUAAUUCGCGGUAUGGCAUCUCUGGGAAAAGCAUGCAGAUCCAGUUCGAGCCUGCACCAGACAAUACGACGAUACAGCAUGGCAAUUUCCAGAUGUAUGCGCGUCCAGUUGCACAUGUUGACUGUGGGAGACCACAGCACAUACCCCAUGCAAACAUCAUAUCCUGGCCUGACUCGACGAGACACGGAGACCACAACAGGACAACGUAUGCUUGCAUUGAAGGGUUCACCAGCAGAGCCGGACCCGAGUACUCAACGUGUGGCCGGAACGGUAACUGGAGAAAGUCCAUAGUUUGCACGGAUGACAUGAACUAUGCCUUGGAUAGAACAGUAAAGCCUGAUUACGCAUGGAAACUCACAGACGGGAAUAUAUCUUCAUGUCAGACGAAUUUACAAAACGAAAGUUUCAUCAUUGAUCUUGUACUAUCUCUAGAAGUCAGCGAUGUUUCCGUUGUCUUUUCAGAUGAGUUUGAAAGGAAACCAAAUGUAGCAGUCAGCGUUGGCGUGGCGACACCAUGUGCAACAGGGAAGCCUGGGCAUGGGAAGAUAUUAAACAUCCCCUGUGCAUUCUAUCCAGUAGGUCGAAAUAUCACUGUGAAUAUUGUCCACCAGAAUCAUGGAGAACCAGUAGAUGUUUGUGAAAUAUACGUGUACGGUCGGCCAUACACAGAAGCUCUUGAAUGUUACCGUCAAAGUAAACAGAGGGACUACAAGGGCACGAUGAACAUGACUGUCAUGGGAAUCCCUUGUCAACGCUGGGAUAACCAUUCCCAUAUUGACGCGAGUCAGUUCCCGGAUGAUACUCUGACUGAUGCAGUAAACUUUUGCAGGGAUCCAAUCAAAAGAGGUCAUCCAUGGUGCUAUACUGUAGACCCCCAAAUAGAAUGGCAAUACUGUCCUGUCAAACACUGUGAUGAUGUGUGCCUCCAACACGAGCAUGGCCGGACCUACAGGGGUAGCAUUUCUCACACUUCCUCGGGAGAAGAGUGUGUCAAAUGGAAACAGCAUGGAUUGCCGUUCUUCUCACAUUUCAGUGAGAAAAAGCCCCAUUGUCGGAACCCGUUAGUGUCCCAGGCAAAGCCAUGGUGUUACACAAAGAGAAGUGGAAGCAGCAACGGUCAUUGCUAUAUCCCAACAUGUCCCAUCACAUCCAAUAUAACCUGGGAUCAUUGGGUCAUGGACGAAAAUCAGACCCUAUCGGAUUUGGCGUCAGCAACAGAGUGUUUUGUAUGGAAUUUUGAAGCAAUGUCACCACAAGAGAAAGAUUACUCAAGGAAGAUUACUAGCUCCGAAGGGCAUUAUCAUAACUUCACAAAUCAGAUGUGCAAGCCAGGAGCGGUAUACAACAUGGCGGUGUUCUGCUGGAACUCAACAUCAGACGGGACAUAUUGGACGACGGGAUGGAUUGAAUGUGUCGACUGCAGUAAACCUCCCGACGUUACAAACGCCAACGUAAUCUACAACAAAACACUGAUUCACAGCCGCGCCGUCUACGCAUGUCUACCAGGAUAUAACCACACUGCAGGAUCAGACGAGACCACGUGUCUUCGGACGGGAGAUUGGGAGCAUCCUAACAUGACCUGUACCCGAACAUCGUCAACGGAACACUACAGCAACAAGAAGUGCGUUAAACUGGGGGCACAAUGCUAUUGUCGACCAGUAAAACAACGCCUUGGGAUAGAGGACAUAAAACGGCUGAGAUUGAAGAUUACAAGCUUACACUCCUACAAGAUUAAGAAAAUAAGCAUGCCUGACACACGGAAAAUGUCCCAAGGAAUUGGCUUCCUCGCAAUAGCUAUCAUUACUUGCACGUUCGGAAUUUUCAUUGUCCCUGAUGUGAUAAGCUGCCUGGUGAAUGUCAAGAGAUUCUGUCGACGAUUGUGUAAGUGAAGCCAAACAUGAGCGUUUGAUAUUCCAAAUGCAUUUACUAUUACCGUUGUCGACUUAAUAAGCGCCCCGUUCUAAUAAGCGCCCACGGCGAUAAUUGCUAGCAUAUUGGCUAGUGAACAAUCCCAAUUAGCACCCCUUCCGAUUGAUCAAUGUACACAAGACUUAUUUAUUCGCGUAUAAUACGCACCGUGUUAUAUGCACCCAAAAUUAUGGGUAUUUAAAUUCUGGUGAGUGAGUGAGUGAGUUGGGUUUAACGCUGCUUUUACAGUUAUAUCACGGCGUGUCAGCUUAAUGUGGGAGGAAAGCCCGAAGUGAUGCAGGUCUCAGACGUUUACCUCUUCGUUGAAACCCACGAGCACGAGUGUGGUGCUGACAAACCUAGAAACAUAAUUCGGGCGAACCGUUAAAUUCUGGAAUAAUAUAUCUGUCGUAUAUAAACAUUUGAGGCUGUCAGCAUAAACCACGAAAUUUAUCUUUCUACUCUGUUUCCUCCACCAAAAUCAUAUUCUAAUAAGAGACCCCUAUUUCUAAUUUUGAGAGCGCCCUUGGCGCUUAUUACGUCGAAUACGGUAUUAUCAGCUCAAAGCUUUCAAAACUUUGUAGAGUAUCUUUCCAAACUUGACGCAUCAGUGGCAAAACACAUACAUGUAUGUCCGAUGCAAUUCCUUAUCUUGAGGUGAACCAAAUGUUCCCACGUUGUUUUUACUUGUCUAUUCAUAUGUUUGUGACGAGUGAGGCCGAUGGGGCUGGAUGUGCUCAACUUUUCGCGAACAUCUGAUAUCAUCACUGUUUGAUAGUAAGUCAUACACAUAUCCUCACGAUAUAGUCUGAAUCGUACAAUGGGCUUGACGUGUAGCAGAGAUUUGUUGUGAUUACGGGGAAGGUUUUGUCACUGUUAUCUAUGUAUAUUAUUGGUGACUGUAAAAACUGUUAAAUAUAUUUGUUGUAAUAAUCAGUAGCAGCAAACAUGUGCUGUCGUGGCCAGACCUUGAUACAGUCGAUAGCAGCGAAUAGAGGUUCCCUUGUGUUUUUUCACGAGAAUUUGAGUUAUCUCCCCUUGUUGUAUGUAUCAACAUGGCAGCCUUAAUUUCGAGGGUUUUCUGGAUGGGGCAGUUUCUAGAAGGAUGGCUGUACGUAUAGAUGCAAGACGGGCAGGAGAGCGAUUCGAGGCCUUUACGACCUGUUUUCUAAUCAAUUUGCCAAGUGUGGUUUGGAAACGCCCGAUUCAUGACAGCUUCCAACACGAAUCAGGAUUCAAACACAAGUACAUGCCUGUCUUUUAUAAUACAAGAAACAGCGACAAUAUUCUGAACAUUCUUGAGUGCACUUACAUUAAUUCCAGAGCCUGUUAUGUGUUGCUGCUACCACUUAUGUUUCCCAUUGUGUUGACUUUUUUAUUGCAAACCUGAAACAGUGUGUUUAAUUAUAGUAUAUUCAUUAUUUAUUGAUCUCGUGUGGUCAUUUACUGACUUCUUACCGACUUCUCUGUGUCAAUUUGGAAAUCACCUUGUUACACAUGCAGUCAAUAGAUGAUGCAGGUGGUAUAUGUGUUGGGGCGUGUGUAGCUCAUACACACCUGUUCGUGGUUUCACUGUGGGAAGCUUUUUGUGUGCACCUUGCCGUAAACGAAUACAAGAAUUUGAGUGUUAUGUGCACUUAAUCCUGGAGAACGAUCUUAAAAACGAAUGAUGUCCGAUUACCAAUGCCCUGUGUGCAGGUUACUCCGAACCCUCUAUAUAAUGUUGUUAUUAUUCUAUUUUACGCAUGCAUUUAAUUAAUCAUUUCGGCUGUGCUUCAAUCCCUAUUUCACACGACAACCGUUAUUAUAACUGCAAAUAUGUUGGUCGUGUAACUGAUUUUCUAUUACACUUUUGCAUGUUCGUGCUACUUGGUGUAAUUUAUAUGUAAUUGAAAAUAUGUUGGUCGUGUAACUGAUUUUCUAUUCGACUUUUGGAAAAUCAUGCAAUUACAUGUUAUUAAUAUGUAAUUGAAAAUAUGUUGGUCGUGUAACUGAUUUUCUAUUACACUUUUGCAUGUUCGUGCUACUAGGUGUAAUUUAUAUAUAAUUGAAAAUAUGUUGGUCGUGUAAAUGAUUUUCUAUUCGACUUUUGGAAAAUCAUAAAUCUUGCAAUCACAUGUAAUUAAUGUGUAAUUGCAAAUAUGUUGGUCGUGUAACUAACUUUCUAUUACACUUUUUCAUGUUCGUGCUACUAGGUGUAAUUUAUAUGUAAUUGAAAAUAUGUUGGUCGUGUAACUGAUUUUCUAUUCGACGUUUGGAAAAUCAUGCAAUUACAUGUAAUUAAUAUGUAAUUGCAAAUAUGUUGGUCGUGUAACUGAUUUUCUAUUCGACUUUUUGAUGUUCGUGCAAUUACAUGUAAUUAAUAUGUAAUUGAAAUUAUGUUGGUCGUGUUACUGAUUUUCUGUUCGACGUUUGGAAAAUCAUGCAAUUACAUGUAAUUAAUAUGUAAUUGCAAAUAUGUUGGUCGUGUAACUGAUUUUCUAUUCGACUUUUUGAUGUUCGUGCAAUUACAUGUAAUUAAUAUGUUAUUGAAAAUAUGUUGGUCGUGUUACUGAAUUUCUUUUCGACUUUUGGAAUAUCAUGCUGCUUUAAAGAUGCGGUUAUUUGUCAUUCAAUGUGAAGAUGUGUGAUGUUAUCAGUACGAUUGUACCGUGGUCUGCACUCCCUCAGCUAUUCCAUCUCAGGGGGUCAUGAACACAUGUGACGCAACAUGUAUUUUUUUUUGUAAUCACAAGGUCAAUUGUCUGUAAAUAAAUUGCAAACGAUUUAGCGGCAUUUGAUUGGCUAAACAAGUAACAUUUGCGACCUUAUGUUUCCAUAAACCGAAAAGAAUGUGUGCCACGCCCACUAACAAUCUACUGUUCCCUGAUUGGUUGAUAAUAGAAGCGGCGGGGUUAGUGUUGCAUUUUUGCGCUAAACGCAUCACUACGAUUCCGUGAUGUUUUUGUGUGUUACCAUUUAAUAUGCAGUCUGUGAAGUUAUUAUUGUUGAUGUUCGUAUUUAUAAGAAUUGACUUCAAACAUAUUUGCGUUUAUUAAGGUAUAAACAUAAAAGCCGGUGUGCACACUUUCCGCUUCACGGAUUGACGCAUACUAUCCAAACCCUAUUUUGCCUUUAUACCUCCAUAAAUGCCAAAAUAUAUUGAAGUCAAUUCUUAAUUAAGUAUUAUAAAUCAAUCAUUUUGUAUUAAUCGAAGUCGUUAUAGUAUUAAAAACAUUCC